UGAUUAUUCAUUAUCGAGUUCACUGUACUAAAAAAAUUAAAAAAAAUAGCAAUCGAGUUUUUAUGAAAACCCGAAUUUGUGAAAUAAAAUUAACGUUCGCUGAUCGUUGAGUUCGGACCAUUGCGUUUUUACCGCACGCAGAUAACAGAGUUUCUAUUUGGUUUCUAUAUCCUGACAAAAGAGAUUUCUCAUGUAGUCAUUUUGAUUCAGUUUCCCAUAAGAUACAUUCUACGGUAUUUUUCACGUAAGAAAUGGAUAUGGGAGAACAUUGUGUUAAUAUUGAAGAAGAGAUGCAUUUCAUCGGUGAUGAUGUGAAGUUAGAAAAAAUAGACAUUCUCGAACAAUUCAUAGAUGGAAAAACAGCUCAUGGAAGAGAAGAAUUCAUCACCAAAAAUGAACAAAGUGACCUAAAUCACUCAGGUACAGAAAUUGUUACAAAUCUACCAUCUAGUGACUCUUUCACAAAAGAAUUGUCUCAAACAUCAGAGGCACUGAAAAACUGUGAAUCGGCUCAUUUGGAGCAAUGUAAAACUCAAAUAGAUCACAUGGAUGAUAAUCCUGCUCCUGAAGAAUAUAACCUUGAAAAACGCACGCAAUUUGAUAAUGCUUCCGGCAUGGAAAAUCACAAGAAAGAGCUUAAUUCAAAUAUCGACAGUCAUAAAUGUCAUAUGUGUGAUUAUCAGACAAGUUUUAAAAAGAGCCUUACCAUACAUAUGAAAUCUGUUCAUUUGAAAGUUAUACAUAAGUGCCAUAUCUGUGAGUAUAAUACAACUAGAAAAGAUUAUCUGCGGAGGCAUGUCAGCGUUGUUCAUUUAAAUAUAAAAAAGCACAAAUGUGACUUAUGUGAUUAUGCUUCAUAUUAUAAAAAUGACCUUGAACCUCACGUAAAAUCAGUUCAUUUGAACAUUAAAGAGCACAAAUGUGACUCAUGUGAAUAUAGCGCGAGUAAAAAAAGUUACCUUACCAGACAUGUGAAAACUGUUCAUUUGAAAAUCAAGGAACACCAGUGUCAGCUAUGUCAUUAUAAUGCAAGCAGUAAAAGUCGUCUUCAAUGCCAUAUUGACACCAUUCAUUUGAAUAUCCAGAAUUACAAGUGCGACUUAUGUGAAUAUGCUGUAAGUGAAAAAAAAUAUCUCGAAAUGCAUGUGAAAUCAGUUCAUUUGAAAAUUAACAAUCACAAGUGUACCUUCUGCGAUUAUGUUUCGAAUAGAAAAUAUGCCAUUCAAGAUCAUAUCGAUUCUGUCCAUUCAAAAAUCAAGAAAUAUGAGUGUCAUUUAUGUGAAUAUCGUACAAAUAGAAAAGGCAGCCUUCAGAACCAUGUCAAUGCUGUUCACUUGAAUAUCAAGAAUCACAAAUGUCACUUGUGUGAACAUGUUUCAAGCUAUAAAAACCACCUCGAAACCCACAUUAAGUCAGUUCAUUUGAAAAAUAAAAGAAAAAAUAAAGAACAUAAGUGUCGCCUCUGUGAUUUUGUUACCAGUGGUAAAGCGAACCUCCAAAAUCAUGUUGACGCUGUUCAUUUAAAAAUCAAAAGGCACAAGUGUCACUUAUGUGAAUAUGCUACAAGUUGGAAGAGUGUUCUUCAGUUACAUGUGAAAUCCGUUCAUUUAAAAAUCAGAAAAUACAGAUGCGACUUAUGUGAAUAUGCCUCAAGUAAAAAAAGUUGUCUUGAGAUACAUGUAAAAUCUGUUCAUUUGAAUAUCAAAAAACACAAAUGCCACUUAUGCGAAUACGCUACGAAUAUAAAUAAGGAUCUGGAAGUUCACAUAAAAUCUGUACAUUUGAAAAUUAAAGAGCUCAAAUGCCACUUAUGUGAAUAUGCUACUAAUAUAAAAAAAGACCUGGAAGUACACGUGAAUUCUGUUCAUUUGAAAAUUAAGGAACACAAAUGUCCCUCGUGUGAAUAUACUGCAAGUAAAAAAAGUCAUAUUAAUAACCACGAAAAAUCCGUUCAUUUUAAAAUAAGGGAACACAGGUGCGAUCUAUGUGAUUAUGAUACAACCAGUAGAAAACUACUUCGAAGCCACAUUAACGCUGUCCAUUUAAAUAUCAAGAAACACAAGUGUCACCUCUGUGAACAUGCUGUAACGAAUAAAAGGGACCUCGAAAUACAUAUAAAAUCAGUUCACUUAAAUCUAAAGGAACACAAGUGCGACUUCUGUGAUUAUGAAGCAAACAGAAAGGCGGAACUUCAAAAGCAUAUUGAUUUUUAUCAUUUAAAUAUCAAUAAACACAAGUGUAGUUUAUGUGAUUAUGAAACGAACAGAAAAGGAACCCUUCAGAAUCAUGUCAAUUUUGUCCAUUUGAAAAUUAAAGAACACAAGUGUCAUCUAUGCGAUUAUGCUGCAACUAGAAAAUUUCACCUUCGGAAACAUAUCAACUUUGUUCACUUGAAUAUAAAAAAUCACAAAUGUCACUUAUGUGAACAUGCUACGAAUGAAAAAAAUAGUCUUGAUGUACACGUUAGAACUGUUCAUUUAAAGAUAAAGAAAUACAAAUGUGACUUCUGUGAUUACGGUACAAAUAGACAUCACUUGUUUAGAAAGCAUGUCGACUCUGUUCAUUCAAAUAUAAAGGAAAACAAGUAAAAAAAUUUUGAAUAUAUUUUACUAGUGACCUUGAAUGGCAUGUAAAAUCUGUUUAUUUCGAAAAUUGAGGAUCAACAAGCGGGAAUUGUAAAUUUGUUUAAUAAUGAUGUAAAAUUUGUUGAUUUGAAACUAAAGUAACACACGUGUCAAUGUUGUGAUUAUGCUACAAAUAAAUAUCUUAUAGCAC